CCUGUGUGUAUAUAAGCCCUGUGUUUUCUUCUGCUUGUUACUGGUCCGUCUGUGUUUCCGGUUUCUUCCUGUGUUACCUCCACAUGUCAUCCCGUGUUCCACCCUGUAUGUUUUCCUGUCAGUUACGGAUUCAGAUUUGUUGGUUAGAUUGUCCCAGUUUAGGUUUGUUCUUAGUUUCCGUCUGUCCCAUCUCUGCUCUGUCUGUAUUAUCACCUCAUGUAAAUAAAGCUCACUCAUUGCAUCGUCAGUGCCCGCGAUUGGGUCCAUUUUCCCUUCAACCCCACACAACUGCCGCCGCAGGUGUGACAGUAUAUUUUUUUCUUAUUUGUGAAAUUAAAGACAAUAAGGAGAAUCGCAAAACAACAUUUUUGAAAAAUGGGUAAAAAAUAAAAUGCAGGUCCACUAAGAAUACUGUUCCACAAAUGGAAAUACAAAAGCUUUUUAUCUGUUUGUGUAUUAAAGAUAUCUGUUCCAGGUAAUACAGCUGUGGGGGUGACAGGAAUGUGAAAACAGAGGGCAGGGCAAAUCCUGUGGUUUAGGCCCAUACCUGAACUCCAGUCAUGUGUUAAGGAAUGAACAACUCUGCUGUGAUCCUGGAUAGUGAUAUAUCAGUGUUGCUGUGUUCAGGAAGAAGGCCCUCUCUCCACCAGCUCAUAAAAAGACCAAACUAAACCCACACUACUGUAACAUUUACUACAUCUAAUGUGUAGAGCAUGAAGGCGAGGGGGGGGGUGGGCUUUCGGUCUUCCCUGACAGCUGUACAAUUUAACAGCAGACAUGUUGAUAGUAGGUCAACUGGCUGCUCUUGUAAUCCUCAUUCUUCAGAGGUGGAUCAUCACAGCCGCGGGGCUGACUCAUGCGCCGGACGAGUUAAAAACCGCUGGAGCGCCAAGAGAACAAAGAGUCUGCUGUGGGACUCCGCUGAGCACGUCUCCGGAGCACCAGCUGUGAAAUCUGAAUCUGAGGAUGAUUAUGGAGCACAAAGGACUGCUGCUGGUGCUGCUGCUGCUGGUGUUCAGUCUCAAAGGAGUAUUUUGCGCAGUGGUACCAUGGACGGAGUUCAGUGAAGCAACGGCUUAUUUGAGGCAGUACGGCUACCUGAAUGAGCCCAUCGAUACACUGGACCCUCGUUACCUAGAGGAGGUCAUUGAAGCCCUCAGUGUCUUCCAGAGAGUGAAUGAUCUGCCACCUACUGGAGAGUUAGAUGAAGCCACACUGGAAGUGAUGAACCAGCCCCGCUGUGGUUUGGAGGAUCCUUUCAACAAGAAAUUUCACAAGUACAGAGUGAUGGGCCGCUGGAGGAAAAGGAGCUUAACCUAUCGCAUCUACAACUACACUCCUGACAUGAUCAAGUCAGACGUCAGGAAUGCCGUCCGAUCUGCCUUCAAGUACUGGAGCGAUGUGGCGGCUUUGACCUUCAGAGAGGUCGAUUAUGGCAGAGCCGACAUAAAGAUCUCCUUCCAUAAGAAAGAUGGAUUCUGCUCUGUCCCAUUUGAUGGCCGUGGUCAUGUACUGGCCCAUGCUGAGUCACCAGAAUCGGGUAUUGUCCACUUUGAUGAGGAUGAGUUCUGGACUGAGGGAACAUAUUAUGGCACUAAUCUGCGUAUUGUAGCUGCUCAUGAAAUUGGCCAUGCUCUCGGCCUGGGUCACUCUCAGUUCAGAAGCGCUCUGAUGGCACCAGUCUACUCUGGUUACCGUGUCAACUUCAGGCUGCACUCAGAUGACGUGAAUGGCAUCCAAGCACUAUACGGCAAACGCAUCAUAAGCACGUUAGCCAGUCCCACAACUCCAGACAGUCUGGUUCCCACAGUGAGCAGCCAGGGGACUGAGAAUAUCCCUGAUCCCUGCACAGCAACACUGGAUGCGAUUAUAUUAGGUCCCUGGGAGAAAACCUUUGCAUUCAGUGGCGAUUAUGUGUGGACUAUCUCUGACCUGGGACACAACCCACCUAUAAGAAUUGACAGACUGUGGAGAGGCCUCCCAGGAAACCUAAAUGCUGCUGUGUACUCUCAGCGAACCAACAAGACAUAUUUCUUAAAAGGCAAUAAAGUGUGGAGGUAUACCAGUUUUGUUCUGGACUACGGCUACCCCAAAGAGCUGAAAAGGAUUCCCCCUAAUAUCGAUGCAGCCCUGUAUCUGAAGAAGAACAAAAAGCUUGUCUUCAUUAAGGGAUCAGAGCACUGGCAGUGGGAUGAGCUGAACUAUAACGACCUAACUUUCUACCCCAAGCCGCUCAGCAUGCUCUUCACUGGAGUGCCACCCGCUCCUCAUGCAGCCUUCACCUGGACCAAUGGCAAAAUAUACAUAUUCAAGGGAGACGACUACUGGCGAGUGAAUGAGCAGCUGAAAGCAGAGAGAGGUUAUCCACUGAGCAAGAAGAAACGCUGGAUGCGAUGCUAGUGCUCCACCAUCAGGGGGCAGCAGGUACCAAGAGGUGUGAAGCACAGGGCAUUUACAAACCACCCUAACCUCAAGAGCAGCAAUUCAUUGUAAAUAAUCACUGACCACAUUAAUGGAAAAGCUAGUGUGGGAACCUGUACACUCUAGAGCAGGCUUGUGUUUGUGUGUCUCUGAAUGCAGGAUUGUGCAAACUUUUGUAUUAUGUGAUCCUUGAGAAAAAUCAAAGCUGUUUUGUUUUUUGUUUUUCCCAUUUAACAUGUGUGUUGGAUUAGCUGUCACUAUACACUCAGUAAGACAUAAUACGAUGACGGGAACGUGCACUUUCUGGUCAAUUGUGUUUAUGGACUUCAUUGCGUUCAAUGAGUAACACUGGUCGGCGAGAAAAGCACGCGACACUCACUUGUUCCCUCGUUUAAAGUGAGAAUGUAUAAUUUUCUACGAAUAAACAAGACAUAACAUCAACAAUAAAA